GCUAAAUUAGAUCAUUCAGUGAAUAAUUUAUUAACAACAGCUACUGGAAUGGUAUUAUCAUCAACAACACAACAGCAACUUCUAUCUGCAGUUGCAUUUGCAAAUGGUGCACAAUUUUUGCAAAAUUCUGCACUUCUUAAUCAACCAUUCACUAAUACCACAACAACAACAACUAUUAAUAGUAUUACUUUAAUAUUAUUUUUAUAA